AUGGCUGUGGCAAAAGACGGAAACACUAACAUUUUUCCUGUUGCGUUCGCUCUUGUGGAAGGAGAAACUGCUGGAGGUUGGGGUUUCUUUCUCAAAAAUCUUUGUUCACACGUUGCCCUCCAACCUGGGCUCUGUUUGAUUUCAGAUAGGCAUGCUUCCAUCGAGAGUGCGUACAACAAUCCAGCAAACGGGUGGCAAAACCCACAUUCAACGCAUGUUUAUUGUAUUCGACAUAUCGCACAAAAUUUCAUGCGAGAGAUAAGGGAUAAGGUUCUUCGGAAGACUCUUGUCAGUGCUGGAUAUGCAUUGACUCAACCGACGUUCCAAUAUUAUCGACAUGAAAUUGCAUCGUCAAAUCCAGAUGCAGGCAGAUGGAUAGAUAAUCUUGCUAGAGAGAAAUGGACCAGAUCAUACGACAACGGGCAACGAUGGGGGCACAUGACUACAAAUCUUGCGGAGUCUAUGAACGGAGUGUUUAAGGGCAUCAGACACCUUCCGUUUACUGCCUUGGUGCAAGCAACAUACUAUAGGAUGGCUUCUCCUUUCGCACGAAGAGGUGAGCGUUGGAGUGCAGUUUUAGAAUCCGGACAAGUAUUCAGCGAAACCUGCGUCAAAUUCAUGAAAGAGCAAUCUGCCAAAGCCAACAGCCACAUUGUUACAUCUUUCGACCGAUUUAACCGGACCUUCAGUGUCAAAGAAACAAUUGAGCAUAACGAGGGCCUUCUGAGACAACAAUACAGGGUUUUUACAGACGAAGGGUGGUGCGACUACGGAAAGUUUCAAGCCUUUCGCAUGCCAUGCUCUCCUGUCAUAGCAGCAUGUUCGUAUGCGCACCGAGAUCCGUUAGCACUUUUAUCUCUCAUUUACAAGGCGGAUACCUUGCUCGAAGUGUACAACAAUGCGUUUCAAGUGAUGGUAAAGGAGGAUUAUUGGCCUGCAUAUGAGGGGGACGUGGUUUGGCAUAAUGACAACAUGCGGCGAAAGAAAAAAGGUCGACCAAACAGCACACGGAUCCGAACCGAAAUGGAUGAUCAUGAGAAAAUGAUAAGAAAAUGUGGCAUAUGUCGUCAAGUCGGGCACAAUAAAAAUACUUGUCCUAAUCGUGGAGCAACCUCCACCAACAUUUAA